CUCAGGACUAACUUUCGUAUUUGGGUAUGCAUUUUUACUCAUCUCUCACUCGAUAUUGAAUAGAAAGUUAACGAUGAAAUCUCACUCUCAAUCGAAAAGUCGAAAGAGGUAUCGAAACCAAUGACAUAGGUCGAGGCCGACUUUGGUAUUUUGUUAUGCAUUUUUACCUUUCUCCCUUGCUCGAGGUCGUAUUCGUGGAAUUUCUUACCAUGAUUGGUUUUAUUACUUGUUACUUUUUUUUAUUAAAUGGGAAUUAGACCUGCAAAUUUUUUUAGUUUGUGUUCCUUACGAUAUUAGUUUAUUCCCACUUACAUUCACACAUGUAACUUUUUACAUUGCUCUCGCUUGACGCAAAGCGCAAUGAGCGGACUUUUCUAGUCUUUGUUAUUCUUAUCUAAUCACAAAAGAUAUGCUUGUAAUUCAUGUCGCCUUAAUCAAUCCGAUUCACACUAGAUUGCAACUCGAUGUGACCCAAACCCAUGAUGCUUAAGAUAACACGUAACUGUUACAAUCCUACCCAAACUUUGUCUUUUUUUUAUCAUUGUUGCACCUGUAAUCGUAGUCGGGACGAGAUACGGUGACAACCCCUAAUGGGGUUGUCAGAUUUACAACCCACUUCAUAGCCCUUCAGUGGUACCAUUUUUUUCUGGUAGCUUACCAGUGAUAGUGGUACCUACCACUACCAUAAGGUAGCUGGUAGUGGUAGCGUACCACUAUCAUCUGGUACCACUAUCAUCUGUUUUUUGUGUGUUAUUCUCUACUGGUAUCGCUACCAAUGCUAGUGGUAGCGCUACCAGUGCUAGUGGUACAUUUAUUCUCUACUGGUACCGCUACCAAUGGUAGUGGUAGCGUUGUACUGGUAGCGUACCACUAGUACUGGUACAUUUUUUAACGCAUUGGUAGCGUACCACUAGCACUGGUAUAUUAAUUACCAGUAGACUAAUGGAUUUGUACACUUUUUAACGCACUGGUACAUUUUUUCAGGUUGCCGGAGGGAGUCUGUCGGAGAGAAUUCGCCGGAGAAAAAGUCUGUCCGUCGAUGCGGAGUGGCCGCUGGAGAAAGGAAGAGAGAGAUAAAUAGAGAUAUUAAUGUAUAGGAUUUAAAUUUCAAAAAAAAUUGUAUUUAAUAUGGAUUUUUAAUUCCUAAUAUAAUUAAUACACAAAAGGUAAUUAAUAUAUUCCUUUUUUCCCUACCCAAAAUACCCUUGGUUGUGAAUCUGACAACCCCUUAGAGUUGUCACCGUAUCCCGUCCCAUCGUAGUCCUAAAACGGGGGAUCACCUCCUUCUCAUCUGUCCAUUUUACAACCACAAAUGUCGAAUCCCACUCUACUGCUAAUCUACUAUAUCAUCAUCUUCAUCACCAACGUAGAAUUGAAAUGGUCACAAAAAAGGGUAAGUGUGGGAACGUUUGGCAAUUGGCACGACACGGUACUGGCGUGCUGCGCUGUUAUCAUCCGCUCCUGGGUUGUUACCUCCUCUGUUUCUUUCCUCAGUACAAAUAUAAUAUAUUCAAGUCCCCGGGAGAAGGAAGCGAAGCGCCAUCAUGAGUACAAAAGCGGCGGUAUGUGUAACUGGAGCUUCAGGUUUCAUAGCUUCAUGGCUUGUCAAGCUUUUGCUUCACCAAGGCUACACCGUCAAGGCUUCCGUUCGUGACCCCUGCGAUGAAAAGAAGACAGCCCAUCUAGUUGGGCUCGAUGGAGCUAAGGAAAGGCUGCAACUUUUCAAAGCAGAGCUGCUGGAAGAAGGGUCUUUCGACUCUGCUAUUGAAGGAUGCUCUGGAAUUUUCCACACUGCUUCCCCUGUUUCCUUCUCGGCCGUUGAUCCCCAGACAGAAAUAAUUGAUCCUGCGGUGAAAGGAACCCUCAAUGUUCUGAAAUCAUGCGCCAAAUCUCCUUUUGUGAAGAGAGUGAUCGUAACCUCUUCCAUUGCAUCAAUUUUCUACACAGGGAAACCAGUAACCAAAGAUUCAGUGGCUGACGAGACUUGGUUCUCUGAUCCAGAACACUGCAAGGAGCUUAAGUUUUGGUACCAACUUAGCAAGACGUUGGCGGAGAGUGCUGCAUGGGAAUUUGCAAAGGAGAAUAGUAUCGACAUGGUAACAAUACAUCCUGGAGUUGUGAUUGGUCCCUUUUUACAGCGAACUCCUUGCUUCUCGGUGGAGAUCAUUCUCAACCUCGUUAAUGGGAACAAGAGCAGCACAAUGUCCCAUUUUUGGUGGGUUGAUGUUAGAGAUGUUGCAGAAGCUCAUAUCAAAGCCUUCGAGACUCCAUCAGCUUCUGGUAGAUACUGCUUAGUUGGAAGCAGUGUGCCAUUGUCUGAAGUUUUGGGGAUUCUUCAUAAGCUCUAUCCAACAUUGCCUCUUGCUGACGAAUGUGAAGAGUUGGAUAUUCUGAAGCUUCCUGGGUUUGGUGCAUCUAAGAAGAAGGCAGAAGAGGGUUUGGGGAUCAAGUUCAUCCCGCUUGAUGAAUCGCUUAAGGACACCAUUGAAUGCUUGAAGGAGAAAGGAUUCCUUCAUUUCUAAUUCAGACUUUACUUUCAAUUGGUUGAAAAGUUUCAUAUUGAUGUAAGUUUCUCACUUCCAUUGGCGAUCAUGUUUGUACAGUAUUUUCAUAAUUAGAGCUGGUAAUUAAAAUAUUCGUCUCAGUUGAGACGGAACUCGAUCUAAAUCCAAUUUAUUAGAUGUAGCAUGCAACAUUAUCAAACAUAAUAUUGACUUGCUAGUAUUUAUUAGUACACGACGAUACAUUAAAACUCAAAUUUGGUUGACUUGUAAUCGCUAAUGAUCAAAUCCAAAUCGCACUGGUUUAUAAAUUGUUUGUGUGUUUUACCAGUGUCUUUGUGACUAGGAUGAUUGAACAAUGUCUCAUUAUGAAAAGUGCUUAAAUAUUUUUUCUAGAAACCAAAAUAAAAGAGAAAAUAGUUUUGUAAAUCUAAAUGUGAAUAAAAAUAAAUUAAUUCUUUUCAUGGAACAUGGAAGAAAAACAAACCACAUACGGAAAAUUAGGGCAAGAUUAAUCGAGCGGAAAAGUAGUAAUUACCAAAAAAUAUAUUAAAAAUUGGGAGCGGAUCUAGUCAAUAACUUUGUGGUCAAUAACUAUGCAUAAUCCAAACAGAAUCCGUCACAUCAACGCCCCUUUUCUCUCCUGAAUAGUCUUUAAUUUUCCCUCAUUAAUCUUUAACGGACGAUUUCUCACUCGUUUUAAGUCGAUUUUUUUUUGCACAGUUUGAUGAGAUUAAUUGUGCUCUUCAAAAUUAUAUUCAUUCUGAUAUAUUUUUGGAACAAAAAGAGUCAUUUUUUACCAGUCUAUACCAUAUGAUAUUGACUGGUAAUGAAAUAAGAGCAUACAUAUGGUAUGAAAAGCGUAUCAUGGUGGUAUGAACAAACCAAGACUGUAGGAUGGUUGAAUACAUGAUAAUAGAAAUAUAUUAAUUUUCAUUUAUGACUUUUAACAUUGUGUACCACAAGAUACCACCACGUAGGGGUGGAAGUUUGGGUUGCGGGUUGUGGAUAAUCCGCAAACCGCACCAACCCGCACCUAUUGUGGAUAACCAUACCCACAAGUUGUGGGUAGUGGGUAGUAAAAUAACGAUUUUUGUGGUUAGUGGUUAUCCACUACCCACCGUGGUUAACCCACAAAAUCCACAAUAACCACACUAAUUAUAUUUAUUUAGUGAAUUAACUUUAUAAUAUAAUAGUAUGUGAAAAGUGCGAGGAUAAAAAUUAAAGUAGCCACCAAAUAAAGAAGACACACCUAAUUAGUUUUAUGUAAGAAUUUUUUAGUUUAUAAAACACUAUAAUCGAUAGAGUGGAGAAUAAUCAAUUCAUUAAAAGUUAACAAUUUUUUUAACUUUUAUCAGUAUGUUUUUGCUUUUGUGUGAAAAAAUACAAGAUCAUAUUUAAUUUUCAUAUGUUACCUCUAGUCGGGGAAAUAUGAAAUCACAGCUCUCUGACACAAAAGUUGAAUACCAAACUCAAAAAGAAAAAAUCUCCACAUUGAGUAAGAUCGAUGUACAAAAUUGUCUCUCCACGAACAACACAAGUGUAUAUCACUAUAGUCUAGUUACGAACAACAAAUACGUUAGUGGCGACUAGAACUCUAUGCUUGCAAAGAUGGACUUUUGCGGGUAACCACACCCAACCCGCACAAACCCACAGUGGGUAGUGGUUACCCACUAACCACUGCGGUGCGGGUUGUGGGUAGCAUAAUUGUAAAUUUGUGGGUGUGGGUACCCACAAAAUGUGGGGCGGGUAACCACACCCACCCCAAUUUCCACCCCUACCACCACGUACCAUGUGGUAUUGUAUGAUAUUUUUUGGUCAUCUAUUGUGUUCACCCAUAAAUUUGUAGAUCCAAUAGAUCAUGAUGAACUCGUUCCUUCUGUGCAAAAAAAUUCAAAAAUGAAUUAAAAACGAAGAAGAUACCAUAUGGUAUACAGUUGGUACCGAGAGUAGUGGCGUAGGCAGACUUUGAAUGCACUAGGGUCCUGAAAAAUUCAAUAAGACUAAAGCAUGUGU